AUGAACAACGUCCAGCAGAUCAAGCGUUACCACCUCGCCAAGGUCUACCGUCGCGACCAGCCGGCGAUUGCCCGUGGCCGGUAUCGCGAAUUCCACCAGUGCGAUUUCGACAUCGCUGGUGUCUACGACCCCAUGAUCCCCGACGCUGAGAUUCUGCGCAUCAUCGUGGAGGUCUUCGAGGCGCUCGACCUUGGCAUCACCAUCAAGCUCAACCACCGCAAGAUCCUCGACGGCAUGUUUGCCGUUGCUGGCGUGCCGGCGGAAAAGACCCGUACCAUUAGCUCUGCCGUCGACAAGCUGGACAAGAUGGCGUGGCCAGAGGUCAAGAAGGAGAUGGUCGAGGAGAAGGGGCUUGCCGAGGAGGUCGCAGACCGGAUUGGUGAGUACGUGCUGAACAAGGGUACUGUUUCCCAGAUGGUGGAGUACAUCCGAGGAAACGAGCAGCUCAUUGCCAAUGAGACCGUCAAGGCUGGUGUCGACGACAUGGCCCUGCUUGGCACCUACCUGGACGCCAUGGAGGUGUCGGACAAGAUCACAUUCGAUCUCUCCCUGGCCCGUGGUCUGGACUACUACACGGGCCUGAUCUACGAGGUCAUCAAUCUUCCUCCCAAGGAGGAUGGGACGGCUGGCAAGAAGAAGCUCAAGAAGGAUGACCCAGCGAACCAGGUCGGCAGCAUAGCGGCUGGUGGCCGCUACGACAACCUGGUGGGCAUGUACGGAAAGAAGACGAUUCCCUGCGUCGGCAUCUCGUUCGGUGUCGACCGCAUCUUCACCAUCCUCAAGGCCAGGCGCGAGAGGGAAAACGCCGCCAAGACACGCACCACCGAUGUGUACGUCAUGGCCUUCGGUGGCAGGGAGUUCAAUGGCCUGCUGCCAGAGCGCAUGUCGGUGGCCAGCAAGCUGUGGAAGGCCGGCAUCCGCGCCGAGUAUUCGCCGAAAGUCAAGCCGAAGCUGCCCCAGCAGUUCAAGGCUGCCGAGGACAGGGAUGUGCCGCUGGGCAUCAUCCUCGGCCAGGAUGAGCUCGCGGCUGGGCAGGUGCGGUUGAAGCAGCUCGGCCAGGGCGGGCAGGGCGAGGCAUCGGGCGAUGAGGACAACAGAGGCAAGCUGGUGAGCUUGGAUGAUCUGGCAGAGGAGGUUAAGAAGCUGUUGCUGUAG